AUGCCCGCGCCUGCCAGCGUGGACGCCAUGCGGGCCACUCAGUGGGUGCCACGUGGCACUGACUCCACAACCCGUGACUCUAACGAGGGUGAUUCAAACGAGGGGAUCGGCUGCAUGGCAGCAGGGCCGUUUCAGGUGGAGCAUUGCUUGGCGAUGGAAGGGGUGGAAGCUGCGAGUGGGAAGGGAAGAGUGAGAGUGCGUGUUGUGCAGCAAUUCACACCAGUGAAUGCAGCAGCAGGAGGAAGAGGAGGGGGAAGAGAAGGAGGAAAGGGAGGAGGAAACGAAGGGAGAGGAGCAGGAGCUGUAGCGGUGCCUCGGCUUGCCAGCCUGGCAGUGCACAGGGAGAAGUGGGUGGAGCCGUUUUCAGGCGGCGCUGAGCUGGCGGAUGGAGCAGCACUGUUCAGUUCGGAGAUGGUUGAGGAGGGGGAGGGGAGUGAGGCAGUGAGGGAAGGCAGGGUGAAGGAGAUUGAGGGGCGGUGGGAGGUGACGGCGAGAGAAGCUCAAGUGCCCACAGCUAGCCAAUCCAAACGGAGUGUCAAGGCAGAUGGAGACCUCUGCUUUGGAGGAUGGGACGCUCAUGCUGCUCCCAGAGUUUCCUCGGACCCCAUCUAUUCUACCACUCAAAUCUUUCCUCGUUCUCUCGUUUCAUUUUCCUCCUCCCCUUUCUGCCCCUGCUGCCACUGUGGCCUUUCAGAGAGUCUGGAGUCAUGUGCAUAA